UAGCCUACGAAUGUUUCUAUAAAUCUUGUUCCCGUCAUGUAUCCUAUAUGCUACUUUAAAUUCUCAUGUGUAAGUCACCCUUUAGAGCUCUCACCAUUUAUUUUCCAAACACUGACUAGUGCACUCCUGACACCUCUUCAUGCCGAGGCUCUGUGUGGGAAGAUGACUCAGGGCGAAGCGACAUUACAAGACUACAAAUAUUUAGUGCACGCGAGCACCCACGCUCCCCGUCCUUUCAGGGCACGCGCUCCAUCGCCACACUUUCGCACAGCGGGCAUCAAAGCCUUUACGUUUACGUCAAGCCAGACAGGAAGAAGAAAGGCAAGUCUAAAGCGACAGCCGGGUCCCCUCUUCUAAUCUCUUCAUAUAAAGAUGCGCGCCCAGAACACAGUGUGUGGAGGCGCUCGCUGUGUUUCACCGACGUCGUUGUGAGCAUUUGAAGCGGAGCAGAUCAAAUGGCAGACAUCAGAUCUUGUCAUCUACAUCUUAUACACUGUGUGUGAGAAUAUUCAAGGUGAAAUGAAGCGGGAACAUGGACAGUCCCUGCUCGCCUUGUGGGCAUUGUUUCUACACUGCACAUCACAGCAGACAGCAUCUUCAUCCUCCUCCUUACAGGUGAGCACCAGGGUUCAUGUGGAGACGCCUCUGAGAAGGAGUCCGCAGACUGAACACAGUAUUAGGAAUGACAGUCAGAUCAUGAGAAAGCCAGCUGCAGAACCAGAGGAGCCAUUAGAUCACAUGACUUUUAACACCAGCAGAGCUAUUAUGGUGCCUGGGAGGUCACGGGGGUCUCCAAGCAGAAGAACAGAGGAUGGGGUCUCGCCUCUGUGCGCCUAUCGUGUGAUUGAAGGGGGCAUUGGAGGGCAACUCUGCUUUCGACGCACACUGCUAGAGUAUAAGUGCCAGGAAGGACAAUGCAGGACAGUGGUGUCCUCUAAAAAUUUUGUGGCAAAUAUUCUCAUUAAUGGCAGUGUACUGUUACAGUGGACACAGGGAGAACAGUCCACAGUGAACAUAGGCAACAGUCAGAACAUGAGCAAAGAUCAUGGGACUAAUGUGACAACUUCUCACAGUGCUGUGAGUGGGAGGCGUUACAGAAGAGGGGGCUUUGAGCUGAGCUGUUGGUGGAAUGGGAGUUACACUCAGUUUGAAUGCAGUGGGGUGCAACUGGCACAUGGCUGCCGAGACUACCUGCUGACGGAGCUACAUGAAAACAUCCCCUAUCGCUUCUGCCUGCGCUCCCUGGACAGGCCCAGGAUCCAGGAGCAGGACUGUGUGGAGUUCACCCUGCCUCCGUCCGGGAUGCAAGACAUAGUAAUAGCUAUGACAACUGUGGGAGGAGCUAUUUGUGUAAUGCUGGUUAUUAUUUGUUUACUGGUUGCAUAUAUAACUGAAAAUAUUAUGAGCCCAACCACAACACACACUUACUCAUAUCGCACCCAUUCGUGCCAUUGAGUGCCAUGAGUGGUGAUCUAUCCUAAACCUCCUCCUAAAUAUGCUUCAUGCCUCUAUACUAACGUCAUCACCAUGUGAAUUAACUGAAGCACAAUAUGGGGGCUUUUUUUUUCUUACUAAUUGCCUUGCUAACCUCUGCACUGACUGAACCAAAACUUAACAUCCUUCAUAUUGUAUAAGAGCUGUUCUAUGGCAUGUUAAUGUGGACAGAAUCUCUGUGAUUUUAAAUCUGUCAGUGUUAUUGCUGGCAGAAGUUUACAGCAAUACAACUAUAUGGCUUUGAAUCAAGCCUAUAUAUUUUCUGCCUUGGUUUUGCUACUGGUUCAGUCCUGCUUAUGCCCAUGGCCAGUUUCUCAGAGUUGUUAAUAUUAAGAUACACACACAAAAAAAUAUUAAUCGGCCUAUUAAAAUUAUAUCAAAAUAAACUAUAGGCCGUAAGGAUGAUCAUACUCAAUAAUUUCUUUUCGUAGCUGCAUAAAAUUUGAAAACAUUCUAAACAAGUCAAAAGUGCACUUGUGAAACUAACCUUCCUACUUGUAUACCUCUGUAAGGGGCAAUACCACUUUCUGCAGUGUGGGCUACAAUCAGUGCUGUGCCAAUAACUGACCUUUUGAAUGAUUCAAUAAACUUAAUUGAGCACUUUCCCAGUGCCUUUUUGAUUUGGUUAUUGAAAUAAAUGCUCUUAGAUCAAAUUACCUAUUUUAUAUUUUGAUGUUACAAUAUUUUUUAUUCCUAGUCUAGAAUAUUUUUCAACCAACCACAUAGCUCAUGCUCAUUUUGAUUUGAAAAAACUUUAACAUUUUGUGAAUAUUCUUUUCCUAUUCCUCUUCUCAAUACAAGUAAGUUAGUAAACAAAGGGUUUUUGUUCUUUCUAAGUCUUCUCUGUU